AUGUCAAACAAGGUGAACCGGUCGGAGCUUAACUCUGACGUUCUACAAUCGAUUCUGGAACGUUUGAGCAUCAUUGACUAUCUAAAAGCACGAUCCGUUUGCAAGAAUUGGUACAUAGUUUGCAAACAAAUGUCUCCAAUACAAGACAAGUUUCCAUGGAUAAUAAGCUUCCCUCGUAGAAGACCAAAGAGCUCGACAUGUCAAGUGUUCAAUCCCAAAGAAGGUAAAUUUUACACACUGAGAAAUCUUGGCAAUGACUUCUCUACUCACCAGUGUCUCGCAACUUCUGGAAGCUGGCUUUUAAUGUUAGACCUACGAUCAAAUCUAUACGUUUUGAAUGUUUUCACACGUGAGAGAAUCGAACUUCCGACAUUAGAGUCGCACCAAGGGAGGCUACAAGUUCAUAGAUUACAAAACAACACGUUCACCUUCAUGAUCAAUCAAUCAUCAGUAUCCGCAAGUAACGUUCUAAACCGGACAAAAGCGGUUUUAUGGGUUGACGAGAAAACCAAUGGUUACAUAGUGGUCUGGUCGAUAGGUCUAUCUUAUAUAAUGUACACUAGGAGUGGGUUCGAUUUCUGGAGAGAGAUACCUACAAAAGAAGGUCCUGAGAAUCUCCAUGGAUGUCAAGACAUUGUCUACAAAGACAACAAGCUAUACGUUUUGAGUCGUUUGAACCGAAUCAGAAUCUUGGACUUCUCUCAAGAACUCCCCAGAGCAUUACUAGACAACGUUGAUGAUGAUCCGUUUAGGGAUGAAACACGACUAUCUAAAAUCGGUGUUACCGUCUCUGGGGAGGUUUUGAUGGUUACAAACCGGUUAAAACAGGUUUUCAACAUUUUAAAGAUGAAUUCAGAUGGGACAAGUUGGGAUGAGGUGGAGUCAUUAGAGGGAGAAGCUUGGAUCACUGAUCUUGGUGUGACUGUACCAGCAGUUGAUGGGACUACUAGACCAGACUCGAUUUAUUAUAGAGAUGGGUCUCUUUAUUGUGGUGAUCUUUCGAUUCAAGUGUUGGAGAUGGUCUUUAAUGUUCACAAGGAUGGUCACGCGAGGUGGUUUAUUCCUCGACUCCGUGAGUUAUGA